AUUCAGAAUCAACCCGUCGUCACUCUGAUCUGCUCUCAGCACAGCUCUUCUCUUCAGCUGUAGAAUGGCCCGGAGCUGGUUCUCUGUCUGCUUUCUGGCUCUGCUGAGCAGUGGGGUGGUUCCAGAAGGAGAAGAAACACCCUCAUGGAUAAGCGGAAAUCUGCAAGGAAUGAUGUUCAGUGUGAUGAAUGGUGGAAACGUCCGCUUUCGCUCAGACAAUCCCUCUAACUUCACCGGACUCACCGUCUGCCUGAGAGUGCUGACGGAACAGCAGCACUACAGUGUUCAGCUCAAUUUUAAAAACCAAACUAAUUUUGUAAGGUUAGAUGUGUAUGAUGUUAACUAUGUAUUGUAUGUGAGUGACAGCAGUGUGAGGUUUGAGAAGUCUUUAAUGGUCCUGGCGAAUCAGGAGCGUUGGCCAUGGAAGAACAGGUGCUUCACAUGGGAGUCCAGCACUGGGAUGGCCCAGCUGUGGUCUGAUGGGAAAAUGAGCGUCCGCAAAGGCAUCGCCAGAGGACAGGUGUUUUCUAGCCUGGAUGAAUUACCGUUUUAUGAUUUUCGGGACAGGGUUCUAAAUUCCAAUGAUCUCAAUUGGUUUCUCUCUUACAAUUACAACUUCCCAUCUGGCAACAUUCUGGACUGGAAACGGAUUGAGUACAGUACCAGCGGAUACACUGUCCUGGAGCCCAUCUUUGGUGGACCAUAUUCUGUGAAAGCCACCAGAAAAAUGGAGCAAAAUGGUCAGGAGCUGUGAAGAAGAGGCCCUGCUCUUCGUGAGAAUUUACAUAGCUUGCUUCCAUGUUAUUUGAGUAAUGGUCCUUCAGAUGAACUAAAACCAUGAACAGAUAAUUGUUUAACACGGUUUAAUAAAGUGGUUUAGCUUGGACCCUUAGGCACACAGUGUAACUGAUGCAAAAUAUAACUUUUCCAAUAACAUACUUUAACUCUUUGACAGUAGUAGAACAUUUCUAAUGCUAUUACACUAUUAUGCUAUUAAGCUAUUAAAAAGAGUUUUCCUUGUAUUUGAAGAAUGAUUUGAACACAAAAAGGACCAUUUUAGCACCCUAAUGUUUUUUUUUUUAAGUUAUGAUGGUAUAUAUAAAACUAAUGUUUUAAUUAAGACCCAGUAGAACAAUAGAACAAUUAAGAACAGUAACAGAUGGUGUUUAAAAUAAAUUCAUAUAAAGUGAAACAAGGCAUAAAUUAAGAUCCAGGUUUGUGGGACAGCAGCAAAAUAUUACAAUUAUAGUAAUAUAAACAAAAUAAAUACUGCUUUUUUUACAUUCAUUAUUCCUCCUGCAAAAAAACAGACCAAACUAGCAUAAAACAGUUUAAAUAAACAUGGAAUUAUUGCUAUAUAUAUAAUUAUGAGUUUAUUUGAUUUUACCAAAUUAAAAACCUCUGGAAUGUAAUCAAGAGGGAGACGGAUGAUCAAAGCCAUCAAACCAAGCUGAACUGCUUGAAUUUUUGCAGCAGGAAUAUAAUAAAGUUAUCCAAAAGCAGUGUGUAAGACUGGUGGAAGAGAACAUGCCAAGAUAAAAAACUGUGAUUAAAAAGCAGGGGUAUUCCACCAAAUAUUAAUUUCUGAAAUUUUAUGAACAUGAACUUGUUUACUUUGCAUUAUUUGAGGUCUGAAAGCUCUGCUUCUUUUUUGUUAUUUCAGCCAAUUUUCCUUUUUUUGCAUAAAAAAGGCUCUAAAUGACAAUAUUCUUAUUUAAAAAUUUGAAAGAAAUGUUGUCAGUUGUUUAUAGAAUAAAUCAACAAUGUUCAUUUUACUCAAACAUAUAUCUAAAAAUAGCAAAAUCAGAGAAACUGAUUCAGAGACUGAAGUGGUGUCUUAAUCUUUUCCAGAGCUGUAUAUAUACAUGAAAGACAAGUGAUCCAAGAGUAAAGUAACAUGAGACAUGUUGUACUUUAAAACAGUAACCAUUUUUUUUUCUCUAACAGAUCAGUAAUCAGUUACGUAAUCUGUGAAGGAAUACAUUUUAAAGCCUGGACUGCAACACUUGCUAAAGUGAUAUGACAAAAUCAGAACUGACAAAAACCUGUUUUUGACAACUAAUGAUUUUUUUGUGUAGGUUCAUAGUUUGUGUGGCCUAUUAUUUCACAGAAUGUGUGUAGGUAGAACAUUAAUCAUAAUAAAACUAAUAUUAACUAAAAAUUAAUAUUAAUGGGACACAAUAUAAAAUUAAACAAAUAAAUGUGUUGCCCUA